CUGGGAAAAAGAAAAUGUGGUUUGCAGAUAUCGUCUCUGUAGCCGCUGUGGCCCUCCUGGCCGGCCUGUACAUAACACCAGCCGCAGGCUCGUUCAACUGGGAUAUCACAACACACGGUACGGUGUCGGGCUGGCGGUGGGAAAAACCAUGGCCGUACGACAACUCGGAGCUGAUGCAGUUCACCGAGCUGUGCCGACACGCUGUCACCUUCCCCGCGCAGCAGUACAAGUUUUCGGACCUGGACCACACCCCGCCGGCCGGAAUGUCCCCUUGGGCGGAGGCGGUGCGGGCGCUGGCAACGGGCCGCGUGUAUCCUGGCAGCUGGGACGGCGUCAACGUCAAGGGAAACGAGCGCGACAUCCUGAUGGUAGACUGGAAGGAGGUGCCGGAGUUGGCGCGGCGCUGGAUCGAGAACGAGAGCAGCACCGAGGAAGAUCGGAAUCGGCACUUCUUCAGGGUGCUGAGGAAGCCCAAGGCGUUGACUGGAGGCAGGGCCGGCGGGCCGAGGCCAGAAGACACCGUCGGGCUGGACGAGGACGUGAUGGCGCUGCCGGAUGAGGAAAAGGUGCUUGUGACGGCGCCGGGCGAGCUGUACCAGUUCCUGCCGCUGUGGGUGGCUGAGGGGGCGAAAUGCAAAGGCAAGUGUUCCUGGGCAUCAAAGCAGGCCUUCUCGGACAUGUCCCAGUACUUGGCAUCGCGGGCAAAAGACACGUGCGUGGUGGCAUGGGCGACAGACCACAGCCGGGUGCUGCUGGAGGAGGGCAAAAAGGCCAUCAAGUUCACCAUCGAGGCGCGGCUGGUCAAGGAGACCGAGGAUGGUCGGGCUGCGCGCAUCUUCUGGGAGCAGCACCACAGAGAGCUCGAGCGGCAGCAGCGCAAGAUCAACCGCGAGGAGCGGGCGGCGUCGCGGAAAGGGAUCGAGAAGGACAGGGAGGGGUCGCACGACGAGCUGUGAGGAGUUGGGAGAGUUUGAUGAGAUGGAGGUCAAUGUGAAUGCAGAUGCCUGGGGUC